UCUAAGACAUUGGAAUGAUCGUAACUAAAAGUUGAUAGAGAAAUGUGUAAAACAUUUCAAUUUUGUAAAAUUAAUUAAUCUGUAAACGAAAUAACAUCGAAAAUGUUAAUAUUAACUAUUUUAAAUUUAUUGCUUCAUUUCUAUGUUUCUAACGCAGACCUGCCAGUAAAGUGGAACGAAGUGGAAACUGAAAGGAUUGUGAAGCCAAGUGUUAGGAAAUUUCAAAAUGCAUGGAAAAACAACAUGUACCAUGGACUAGUUUUUCACUACAAAAAACACUUUGGAAUAAUAAUUAGGAAAGAUACGACAUUUACACUAACUAUAGAAUCUUCACAAAAAAUUGAAAAUUUUAAAUUUGUCUGUCCUUUUGAAAACUCAGAUAAAUUUAUCGAAAUAAAUUUUGCUGAUACCCAAAAUAGUACAAGAAAUUUAACAACAAAUCUUGACUGCGUUCCAUUAUUAACAGUAUCAUACAAUGUACCAGUGGUGGUUAAAAUUAAAACUAAAAAUUGGUCAGUUUUACCUGUUUUUGAUUCUAGAAAUUUAACUUUUCUUACCUCACACAAAGCUGAACAAGAAUUUUACAAAAAUAUUCAAACUUAUGGUUUUGUUGAAAAUCAUCAAACACAAAUGAUACUGUCAGCAAACGAUGUUAAAGAAAUCUUAUCAGAGAAGUUGAGUUUAUUUGUUGGAUUACAAAAUCAAGCGGAUAUAAUAAAAUACUACAAUUAUCUAACAGGUGCCAGUCGAUAUGUAGAUAAAAAUGAUUCAUUAACAUAUUAUUUAGUAGACAAGCAACGACAUUUCUUCCGCACAGAAAAAGAUGACUAUGUGAGCGGAUAUUAUAAAGGUAAUUGGAUAACACUUUCUGGUGGAGUAGACGAAGUUUUACAACAAAACCGAGCUCAAGAAUGGAUUGAAUUACAUGAAAUUGCGCAUUAUUAUGACAUACAAGAUCAUUCGCUUGGUUUCGGACCAAAUACUGAAAUAUGGACAAAUAUUUUUGCUUGCUUCUACAAUAGUAAAUUUCACACCAACAAACAGACAGAACCAGUUAAAAAUGAACUUGCAGAAUUCUAUCAAAAGAGUAAAUCUUAUGAAAACUGGAGUUAUGCAAAAAGACUAGAAUUUUUAGUGACUUUAUUUGCCUUCGAUGGUACUGAUAAAUCUUUUAGGGAAUUUAACAUUCGUUACUAUUCCAAGGAAAAUAAGUUGAACGUAAUUACAUUAAUUUUAGAAGUAUUUCUCGAUCUUUACAAUAUAAAUUUAUUGCCAUUUUUGAAAAAAGUUCUCAAUUUUAAAAUCGAUAUGCCGUUAAUAAGCCCUGAUAUAGAAUUGCGACUUUUAACUGGUCAUCCUGUAAUGCCUGCCAUUGAUUUUAAUAUAAAGCCAACAGAGUUAAAAGCCCGGAGUAGAGAAAACGAUUGGCGACCAUCCUUAUGUUUAAUGUUGUUGCGAAAAAUGAAGAAAAAAUUGGUCGAUGUUACUUUUACCAUAGAAUCACCAGUUGAUCUCACGAAUUGUUGUCUUUAUUUGAAUAACGAUUGUCACACUAUUGUUGGAAAACAAAUGAAUAUUAAAUUACAGGCCGACGUUUAUUCUAUUUUUAUAGCCGAUGAAAAAAAUGGUAAAAUUUACAUUAGUAAAAUAGACUAUCACACUAUUUCAAAAGAAACAAAAAUUCAUUUGAUAGUAAAUGAAAUACCACAAAAUGAAGUAUUUUUACCUUUAUUAAAUUAUCAUUUUUCUGCCCUCGGUCUUGGUUAUGAGAAUUUCUUAAACAUACUUAUAAACUAUAAACAUAUGACAAUAGGCUUAGAACAAUUGUUAAAAGAUGCUCAUGUGUAUUUUAAAGGCGAAUUAUAUUUUUCAAUAAGUUUAGAACGAAAUGGUUCUUCCAUUUUUGAAUACAAAAUAAAUGGCACUCAGGAAAAUAAUGAACCGCUUAUAAAUGUAAAACAUAAAUUGAUGGUCAAUGAUAAAAUUCAUUUUUAUCAUGCAGAACCAUUUCGUCUAAUGUUUAAUUCAAAGAAAUAUAAUGAUAUAUUUCAUAAUACUUUUAUCGUUUCAAAUGUCGGUUUAAAAAAUGUGGAAAACAAUGAAUUUCAAUUUAUUUCUUCGGAUAUUAAAAGAAUUGAUGAAUUUUAUUCAAAACACAUAGUGGACUUGAGCAAUAAUGCAUUGUACAAAUUUUAUUUUACACAUUAUAUUCGCAACUUGCGUUUUAAUGGCUUGGAAAAAUACAUUCCAAAUUCUUGGGUUUAAUGGAAGACCCAAAAUUUGUAACAGGGGGAAAAUGCUUAUUAGAAGCAACGUUCGUAGAUCAUGUUAAACGAAUCUUUUUUUUAAUUAUAAUUUUUCGCUACUUUUAGGAUUUUAGAACUACGUUCAGAUAGAAAAAAUUUAUCUUUAGAUAUAUUGUUAUAUGAUGUAAUAGAGUAAUAAUAAUAAUGCUAUUAAGAAUAAUAAUAAUUAUUAUUAUUAACUUUCUUCUUGUAUGUUGUUUACGAAAUAUAAACUGUGAGUAACAAUUCUU